UCAUCCGUCUAAAGUAUCCUUAUACCCCGUUAUAUAAUCAUUUUCUUCCACAUCCCGAGAGCAUCCUCAUAACACAAAACAGACGGGCGGAGACACCCCAACCUCUCACCUCCAACUCACUACACCAACCUCACUUUUAUACACAUAUAAUCACCCCCAUCAUGUACGGCACAAACAGAGCAAGAAACCAAAAAGCCGAAACCAGCUACCGCGGGUACUCAGACCAGCGUAGCAAUGCCGGCCCUCUCAACUACCAAACCAAAGUCCGCAUUACCGACCGCUACAAGGUAAUCGGCUUCAUCAGUUCCGGUACCUACGGCCGUGUAUACAAAGCUACGGGCCGGCAAGGUCAAACCGGCGAAUUUGCCAUCAAGAAAUUCAAGCCCGACAAGGAAGGUGAAGCGGUCGUCAACUACACGGGCAUCUCUCAGUCGGCGGUGCGUGAGAUGGCGUUAUGCUCCGAGCUACGAAACCACGCGAAUGUUAUUCGGCUUAUUGAGAUCAUCCUAGAGGACAAGUGUAUCUUCAUGGUAUUCGAGUACGCAGAGCAUGAUUUGUUGCAGAUCAUUCAUCAUCAUACGCAAACGCCACGGCAUCCGAUAGCGCCGGGAACGAUCAAGUCGAUAAUGUACCAGCUGUUGCAAGGGGUGCAGUACUUACACACCAACUGGGUGUUACAUCGAGAUUUGAAGCCGGCGAAUAUCAUGGUGACUUCUUCCGGAGAAGUGAAGAUUGGCGAUCUGGGACUGGCCAGGAUUUUCAAGCAACCGAUACACAACCUCUAUAUGGGCGAUAAAGUGGUCGUGACGAUAUGGUAUCGCGCGCCCGAGCUGCUGUUGGGGAGUAAGCAUUACACGACGGCGAUCGACCUGUGGGCGGUGGGAUGCAUCUUUGCGGAGCUGUUGAGUCUUCGGCCGAUCUUUAAGGGGGAGGAGGCCAAGAUGGACAGCAAGAAGACGGUGCCGUUCCAGAAGCAUCAGAUGCAGAAGAUUGUGGAUGUGAUGGGCUUGCCGACGAGGGAGCGGUGGCCCUUGUUGGCCAGCAUGCCCGAGUAUAACCAGUUGUCAACUUUACAACAACCGCCUUUGCUGUCGAGCACCUCCCACGGCCACCACCCCUAUGGCCAUCGCUCCCAGCAACAACCCCCUGCUUCGCAGAACACCCACGGCAACCUCCAGAAAUGGUAUCACCAGACUACCGUCUCCACUCCUCUAACCUCCCUAGGAGCAGAAGGCUACAAACUCCUCGCCUCCCUCCUCGAGUACGACCCCGAGAAACGCCUGACAGCCGCCGACGCCCUCGUCCACCCCUUCUUCACCUCGCCCACUUCCACCCCGCUUGCUUCCCUCAACAGCAACACGGCUAAUAGCACCUCCCAAGGAUCAGGAGCAGCAGCAGUCAACUGGUCACCAACCAACUGCUUCGAGGGCUUGAAGAACGAGUCAUACCCGUGUAGACGCGUGUCGCAGGAUGACAACGACAUCGGGUUCGGCACGUCCAAUGGGAACGGAACGGGGAACCAGAGUGGUUCGCGCGUGAAUACCGCUGCUGCCGGGACGGGGACUGGGCUGGUGAUGGGGCAAGCGCAGUCUCAGGUUCAGGCCAUGGGAGGUUCGUUGGGAAAUAUCGGCGGAGGGGGACAGAUGGGCGGGAUGGGCCAUGGUAUGGGAGGUAUGGGUCAAGGAGGGAUGGUGCCGCAGAUGGCGGGGAUGAAAAGGAUGCAAGACGCUGCUGCUGCUGCGGCGCAGAAUAAUCCCAACAAGAGGAUGAAAGGGUCGCAGGGACAGGGUUAGGAACUUGAUGUUGAGAUACGCGGACAGAAUCCCACAGAACAGCUUGAUGCGCAGCAUGGCCAUCAGGGCCAACAGGGUCAGCACGAGGGCCAUGGGAAACCAAACAUGCCGGAAAUGAACGCGUGGCUGUGGGGAGAGCUGAACGGCGUCAUGAGCGGCAAGCGGGAUGGUUAGGAGCCGUUUGACCUGCUUGACCGUGAGCUUCUGAACUGUUGGCAAGCAGAGACUGGGACAGGACCAGCACCAAAAGAACUGAGUUUUACAGAGGAACAGGGAGAGAAAAAGGAAGAGGAUCAAGAAGAGGAUCAAGAAGAGGAUCAAGAAGAGGAUCAAGAAGAGGAUCAAGAAGAGGAUCAAGAAGAGGAU